GAUGGGGACGUUCACAGGCACCUGUACCUCCAGGGUGUCCUCACCAGCCUGGCAGAGGUGGCAGAGAGACCCAAGGUGUCUGAAUUCAGUUGCCACAUCUCUGGGUGCUGCCAGGUCUUUGAUACGCUGGAGGGCUACGAGCACCACUACAAUGCACUGCAUAGCAACGUCUGCUCCUUCUGUAAGCGCUCCUUUCCGUCGGGACACCUCUUGGAUAUUCACAUCUUGGAGUGGCAUGACUCGCUCUUCCAAAUCAUGGCCGAGAAGCAAAACAUGUACAAGUGUCUGGUCGAAGGCUGUGUGGAGAAGUUCAAGAGCAGCAAGGACAGAAAGGAGCACUUGGUCACUGUUCACCUUUAUCCUGCUGACUUUCGGUUUGAUAGACCAAAGAAAGUGAAAAGUGGCCCCAAGCACAUGAGCUCUCCCAUGAAGGAGGUUGCCAGUAUGCCAAUGGAUGUGGGUGUGGAGAGAUCGGAGCAAUUUCAAGUAGACCCUAUGGAAAUAGGGUCCAGUGAGAACGUGGAGAUCCCUCAGCCUGCAGCCAGCCCCAGCACCUCGGUGCCAGAGAAACGGCUCUACAAAUCCAGGAUCCCGUCCACUAUUUGCUUUGGACAAGGGGCCACCCGAGGAUUUAAAGGACCAAGGAAGAAAGUCUGA